UGCUGCUGCGUAUUUUAUUUCACCACAAGAGGGAUCCUCACAUUGUUUUGGUUGACAAUGAUAGUAUCUUCCUGAUUGCUGUUCCGCCUGUGACCACCGGGGGCAUAAUGUGAGUAAGAUGGAUGUUGAUUUAUUGCUUUGCGUUCCAAAACGGCAGCCAUGUUUACUACUCUCGUGUCACCGCGCUACCAUUCCCCGCAGGAAGUGCGGCUCUGCACAAGGAGUUCCGGGGUCGGACAUACUGAAGAAUUAUGGCUGCCAGGAGCGGGUGUAAUUUAAUAUCCUCUCUGGGGAUGAUAGUCUUACUAUCGGGUCAGAUCCUGGCACAGGCUCGCCAGCUUCGCUUCGUCACUGUGGUGUAUCGACAUGGUGACCGAUCUCCUGUGAGGUCUUAUCCUAGGGAUGUGCAUCAGGAAAGUGCUUGGCCUCAGGGAUUUGGGCAGCUUACACAGAUUGGGAUGAAACAGCAAUGGGACUUGGGACAGGCACUCCGGGCACGUUACAAAGGAUUCCUCAACGAGUCAUAUGACAGGCAUGAGAUUUAUGUAAGGAGCACAGAUGUGGACCGCACUCUGAUGAGUGCAGAGGCAAACCUGGCCGGCUUAUACCCACCUGAAGGUGCCCAGGUCUUCAAUCCAAAUAUCUCCUGGCAGCCAGUCCCAGUGCACACAGUUCCAGAUUCUGAAGAACAACUCUUGAAGUUUCCAAUUCUUCCAUGUCCAAAAUAUCUCAAGUUGCAAGAAGAGACACGGCAAUCUCCCGAAUAUGUCAACAAAACCAGAGAGAAUACGGAGUUUCUGCAGAUGGUCGCCAAUAACUCUGGACUAACAGACUGUUCACUAGAAUCUGUAUGGACAAUCUAUGACAUCUUGUUCUGUGAGUCUAAACAUAACCUGAGCCUUCCAUCCUGGGCAACUAAAGAUGUUAUGGAACGACUGAGAAAUUUAAAAGAUUUCAGCUUCAGGUUCCUCUUUGGGAUCAUCAAGCAGGAGGAGAAAGCACGUCUGCAAGGAGGUGUGUUGGUGGCUCAGAUCCUAAAGAAUAUAUCAGCAGCUGCACAGAAUGCCUCCCAUGGCCUGAAAUUCAUUGCAUACUCAACACACGACACCACACUGGGUGCUCUGCAGAUGGCACUGGACGUCUACAAUGGAAAACAGGCUCCUUAUGCUUCCUGCCAUAUAUUCGAGCUGCAUGAAGAGUCUCCUGGAAACUUUACAGUCGAGAUGUAUUUUAGAAAUGACAGCACACAGCAGCCCUAUCCACUAAGCAUACCCGGCUGUGUGCACAGCUGUCCCCUCGAUAAGUUCCAUAGCUUACUGGAUCGAGUCAUCGCUAAAGACUGGGAGAAAGAGUGUCAGAUCUCCAGCCCAAGCAACGACACAGAAGUCAUCGUGGGUCUUGUCGCUUGUGGCUGUAUCCUCUUCCUACUCAUCGUCCUGCUGAUCACAGUCCUUUUCCGACAGAAGUCUCAAACCCUAGGUUACCAGCAUGUCUCAGAUUUGGGAGAGGAACAGAGCUGAAUGACUGAGCUCUGACCCUAUUACCCGUGGCCUUUAUGCCUCUCAACUGAUGAUAUCCUAGAGAAGGCACAGAGGAAUUUUUUAAGUCAAAUUUUUAAUUUUUUAUUCUUUUUAAAGUUCCACAUAUCAUCAACAAAAGAUGGUAAUUUUAAGGUAAAAGGUUAUAAUGGGAACAAACCAAUGCAAACAAUCACAUGGACGUAGCAAACAUGAGGAACUAAAUUAACUUGUAAUGGGGUCUGCAGUACAAAAAUCUGAUCCCAUCACGAGAUUGGUGAAAGUCAUGUGUCUGGCUGGUUUUCUUAGGGUCUGUAUCCUGAAGCUGUGUACCCUGGGACUAUUACUACUCAUACGGCUGCAGGCCAGUCUUCUGCUUCCCAUGCACAGACUUUGUUUAGUGGACACACAUUUGUGCUGUUCCAUGUUCUGUGCUGGCCACAGAAGGGAAAAGAGACACAGUCCAGCACGUCCAUUGCCUCCUCAGUGAUUAGUCACAUGCUUCAUUGGGUUUUCUGUAGGAAAAUGUUGCUAUUGGGACUUCUGUACUUGACUCUUAAUUUUAACACUAUAUGCUAUAUACCAUAUAAAGUAUAUAUCUAUAGUGUGACCCAUUUUAUGUGUAGGGGACAGUACAUUCUACUGACUAUAUUAGGUUCAUCUCUAAAAACAGUUGCAGUAAAAGUAAGGGAUAUCGACGUAAGAAUGCAUUAUUUUACUAAAAGUCAUUGCACUGUCCCUGUUAACCCCUUUAAAAAGGUACCUCACCCCCAAUUGUUGGAGUUGUAAGAGAUUGUGUUUAUGUCUCAUCAAGUAAAAUGUUAUUCUGUCUGCAGUAAUUUUAUACAGAUAAUCUGCCCAGUAAUCCUUAGGAUAUCAAAAUGCAAAAGUAAGUGUUCCCCAACCUGUGGCUCUGCAGCUGUAACGAAAUACUCUCCUCACAACGUUCAUGACAAGAGUUGUAGUUUGGCAACGGCCAAGGAGCCACAGGGUGGCGAACACUGACUAGUCCUAAUAUAAAAAAUAAAAAAAAUGCGUCCAAAACUUUAAAUUUAAAUUUAGAAGUAGUUUUUCCUUUUCCAUAAUCUCGGUCUUAGGUCUCGGUGCUGCCUACCCCACUGAUAAAAACUCGUGUUGCUCGCGAAUAUUCGCAUUGCGAAUUUUAUUCGCGAAUAUCGCAUAUUCGCGGAUUCGCGAAUAUUCACAAAUAUAGCACUAUAUAUUCGUAAUUACGAAUAUUGUAUUUAUUUUUUUUUUCUUCACAGUACACAAAACAGUGAUCAUCCCUCUCUGCUUCCAGCUUGUGUGGUGUAAAGAAGGCUCUAAUACUACUGUGUGAGACUGGCGUACGAAUUAUCGAAUUUGUGAAAAUUUGCAUAUGCUAAUUUUCGCUUAUGCUAAUUUUCGGUUAUGCUAAUUUUUGCACAUGCCAAUUUUUUUAAUGCUCAUUUUUGCAUAUAAAAUUUUUUGCAUAUGCGAAAAUUUUACGUGAAUAUUACGAAUAUGCGAAUUUAGCAAAUAUAUGACGAAUAUUCGUCCAUAUAUUCGCGAAAUAUCGCAAAUUCGAAUAUGGCCUAUGCCGCUCAACACUAAUAAGAACCAGCGUGGGGAAGUGCACCGGUGUGCUUUACUCCCCAGUUUACAGUGAUCUCAAUCAUGCUUUACAGGACGGUCCCAUAAACUUAUAAUAGGGCCGUCCUGUUGCCCUGCGAGCCGGGGAGUAAAGCACGCCCAUCACUGAUUCUAUUGAUCGUUCAAGGAGUCAGCACUGAAAACUGGUACAGUCAACACUGAAAUAAAAAUUACAGGGACACUUAAAUAUAUAUUCCCAAUC